GCCGGACACCGCUCUAGUCUGGUAGAAGUCUCACCGCUGUGUCAGCUCUCCACAGCCGACUGGCCUGUACUCUGCAGGGAUCCCUCCCCGAAGGGGUCUCCCCCUUCUCUGGAGAACGGAGCUAGUAGGAUGCUCCUGGAUGACUUGGGGGAUAUUCCUGUUCUCGACCCAACCAACCAGCCAUAGAGAUAUGCCACUCGCAGUGGAAGUCGAAUAAAGCGCCCUAUAGCAACGUGGGCCUCCUUGGAGAUGAUAAGCUCGGACCGGACACAGACCAGAAACAGCUUUGUCGCCCUGGUUCCAGAGGUUCCAAGGCCUUCUUCCUUAUGGGCUUCCAAUUCGAGAUCGGAUCCGGAGGUACAUGCGCCUUCGUCCUCUGUUCUGUCUCCCUCUCCGCUUGCUUCUACCUCUGGUUCAGAUCAUCAGAGCUCCCACCUUCAGACUUUGAGGCUGCC